AUGGUGGGCGCCGUCAUCUCGGAUGUUUAUAAGGCCCGAGGCCAUGGCACGAGGAUAAUAUCACAAAAUAUGCAACAGCUAAAAUAUGGGCGGGAUAACUCUUAUGCGGCAAGAUGCUUCUUGAAGAUAAACUCCGGGUCGGUGCGGCCCAAGACUGCAGUGCUGGAGGAAUACACGGGAAGGGUUGUGAGUGUGCGGACACUGCCAUCAAGAUCUGGGUCACGAUCUCUUCAGACCUGCUGGGGGCAACACCGUGUGCCCCACCCCCGGGGGCAACACCGUGUGCCCCACCCCCGGGGGCAACACCGUGUGCCCCACCCCCGGGGGCAACACCGUGUGCCCCACCCCCGGGGCAACACCGUGUGCCCCACCCCCGGGGGCACCACCGUGUUCCUCACCCCCGGGGGAAACACCGUGUGCCCCGCCCCCGGGGCCAACACCGUGUGCCCCACCCCCGGGGGCAACACCGUGUGCCCCACCCCCGGGGGCACCACCGUGUUCCUCACCACCGGGGGAAACACCGUGUGCCCCGCCCCCGGGGCCAACACCGUGUGUCCCACCCCCGGGGGCAACACCGUGUGCCCCGCCCCCGGGGGCAACACCGUGUACCCCACCCUCGGGGCAACACCGUGUGCCCCCCCCCCGGGGCCAACACCGUGUGCCCCACCCCCGGGGGCAACACCGUGUGCCCCACCCCCGGGGCAACACCGUGUGCCCCACCCCCGGGGGCAACACCGUGUGCCCCACCCCGGGGGCAACACCGUGUGCCCCACCCCCGGGGGCAACACCGUGUGCAACACUCCCGGGGGCAACACCGUGUGCAACACUCCCGGGGGCAACACCGUGUGCCCCACCCCCGGGGGCAACACCGUGUGCCCCACCCCCGGGGGCAACACCGUGUGCACCACCCCCGGGGCAACACCGUGUGCCCCACCCCCGGGGCAACACCGUGUACCCCGCCCCCGGGGGCAACACCGUGUACCCCGCCCCCGGGGGCAACACCGUGUACCCCGCCCCCGGGGGCAACACCGUGUGCCCCGCCCCCGGGGGCAACACCGUGUGCCCCGCCCCCGGGGCCAACACGCACCGUGCCCCGCCGCGCUGCGUUAA